AUGGAAGCUGAAUCAGCAGAUGGAAGGUACGCUCAUCUGCUAUUGAAGACCUUAUUUGAGGACUAUACGAAUGCUCUCAGGCCUGUAGAAGAUACGGAUCGAGCGCUUAAUGUCACUUUGAAGGUCACACUCUCCCAAAUUAAAGAUAUAGAUGAAAGGAACCAAAUUCUGACUGCUUACCUGUGGAUUCGACAAAUUUGGUUUGAUGCUUUCCUUACGUGGGACAGAGAUAAAUAUGAUGGGCUUGAUUCCAUCCGAAUACCUAGUUCCUACUUAUGGAGACCCGACAUUGUCUUAUAUAAUAAGGCAGAUGAUCAAUCCGGAGAAUCAAUGGAGACAAAUGUGGUGCUGAGGUAUGAUGGGAGGGUAACAUGGGAUUCACCAGCGAUUACUAAGAGCUCGUGUGUGGUCGAUGUUUCUUAUUUUCCAUUUGAUAAUCAGAGGUGCAACCUCACAUUUGGCUCAUGGACGUACAAUGGAAACCAGGUAGACAUCGAUGAUGCACUCGACAGUGGAGACCUGACUGAUUUUGUGGAGAAUGUUGAAUGGGAAGUACAUGGGAUGCCAGCCACAAAGAACGUAAUAAUUUAUGGAUGUUGUUCGGAUCCAUACCCAGAUAUCACAUACACAUUAAUCCUGAAAAGGAGGUCGUCCUUCUACAUUUUUAACCUGUUGCUCCCCUGUGUAAUGAUCUCAUCCCUAGCUCCUUUAGGGUUUUAUCUGUCAGCAGAUUCUGGAGAGAAAGUAUCACUGGGCGUGACUGUGCUUCUGGCUCUGACUGUGUUUCAGUUGAUGGUUGCAGAAAGCAUGCCUCCCUCAGACAGCGUCCCACUGAUUGGUAAAUACUAUAUAGCAACGAUGACAAUGAUCACUGCUUCCACUGCGCUGACCAUUAUCAUCAUGAAUAUUCACCACUGUGGGCCAGAUGCCAAACCAGUUCCAAAAUGGGCAAAAGUGAUCAUAUUGCAAUAUAUGUCAAAGAUGUUUUUUGUGUAUGAAAUUGGUGAAAACUGCACAAUGUCACAAAAAAAAGAGGAAAAACGGGACUAUAAGAUGCAAAUUAAUAAUUCUAAAACAAAUGCAAAGUUUAGAAAGGAACAGGAGAUGAGAAUAAAGGCACAGUUUUCCAAAGAAUACCAUAGCAACACGAUGACACUGAAGGAGGAAGAGUCUCGGUCUGUGAUACCACUACAGCGCUGUCCAGUUUGCAAUCAGAAAGAGUCCAAUGGCCAAUCUAACAGAGGUGCUGCGGACAGCUAUGCCAGUGAAGAAGAUGUUGACCUGACCCCCUGCAUCUGUUCCUUUCAUCAAGGCAGAGUGGCAAAAAAUAUUGAAUUUAUUGCUAACUGCUUCAGAGAGCAAAAGGCGACCAAUGCUAAAUCCGCAGAGUGGAAGAAAGUGGCCAAAGUCAUUGAUCGAUUCUUCAUGUGGAUAUUCUUUGUAAUGGUGUUUUUCAUGAGCUUUCUGAUCAUAGGAAAGGCAACCUAG